CUCCGGUGGUGUUCUGGGGGGUCUGGGGGUGCUCCGGGGGUGUUUCUGGGGGGUGUGUCUGUCACUGAAUCCCCCCCUUUCCUCCCCCCUCCAGCAGUGCCAGGCGCGGCCGUUCGAGAGCGAGGAGAAGGACCGGGAGUACAAACCCCACAGCAUCCCCCUGCGCCAGUCCGUGCAGCCCUCCAAGUUCAACAGCUACGGCCGCCGAGCCAAGCGCCUGCAGCAGGAGCCUGAGCCCACCGAGGAGGACAUCGAGAAGAACCCGGAGCUGAAGAAGCUGCAGAUCUACGGGGCCGGGCCCAAGAUGUUGGGCCUGGGGCUGGUGGCCAAGGACAAGACCCUGAGGAAGAAAGGUAUGGAGGGGGGGGGG